AUGCUUUCCAUCUUAAGGAGAUCCAACAUCACUGCAGCUCGAUCCCUGCUGCUCACUACCCGUUUCUACUCUGCGCAGGCGGCCCCGGCGGCUGCUCCUGCUGCUAAGCCCAAGGGACCCAUUUCUUCGUGCCCCGCAGGAACCGUUAUUAAGGGCCUCAACAUUAGAAAGGGUCAGGACCCCAUUGUCGCGCGUCCUGACGAAGAGUACCCAGAAUGGCUGUGGACCGUGUUGGACAAGAAGGCCCAAGAUAAGAGGCUCGAGCAAGACCCAAUCAAGGCUGCAAGGAAGCUGCGACGGCAAGAAAACCGCAAGAAGAUUAAGGAUAAUAACUUCUUGGCCAAGAUGUCGAAAUAA